CACCACCCAAAAUUGCCCAAAAAAUGUCCGAUCAGCUCUCCGACAACCGCAACAAACAACCGUGGCUCCGCCACUUCUCCGAUCAAAAUGACUACACCCAAUCACCUUCUCCUUUCAACCGCCGCAGCUACUACCCCGAUCAUUCCGCCAUUAACGGCCCUGGGGAACAUCCUCCCCUCCACCGUCACCAACCCAUCAACAAUUUUGCUAAACCACCACCCACCACCACCAAUCUGCGUUUCGGCAUGUGGGGUCGCGGCGGUGCAAAAGCUUACUUCCGUUUUCACGGCGGAAUUGGUGACGGUUGUGGAGGUGUUGGUUGCCGGUCUACGAAAGAGAACACCAUAGCUCGGCCGCUGCAACUCUUUGAAGCCCUCAAUCCGGCUCAUUUGCAGAUUGACGUACUAAAGAAAGCAUGUGAGGGUGGUUUUGUGAAUCCGGCGAUCGGAAAGUGGUUUCCGCCGAUGGAAACAAGCGCCGGGACCGGAGUGUUCUUACCUGCGUAUCAAAAGAGGAUCGGUGUCACUAAAGUUGAUGAUUGCAAAACCAAUGCAAGUUGGAACGAAUUGAUAACAAGAAAGAACGAUUUAAGCUCUGAAUCAUGCUCCACAGGCAUGUAUGUUGGACAGAUGAAGCAAGAUGAAGAGAAGCGUUUUGGGGUGAAAGAAGAGGGUAAUGAAUUUGAUGAAAUCCCAAUAGAAUUGCUUUUACCUCCGGAAUGGACAUACUAAUGGUGUAAGUAAGACCUUGUAUACAAUGGUCGUUUCCUAUAUAAUAAAUAAAUAAAGCACCUUCAUUUUGUGUUGUAGGUGCCUUGUCUUUUA